UAGGGAUCUAAAACAGUUGAGGACAGAAUUAACAAAGAGAGACAGUGACAGACACGAGUGAACUGUCCACAGACGCCGCAGUCAUGUCCGCAUGUGGUGACUUUGAGUCUCUGGAGGAAAGUCUGCAGCGCCACCUUCCUGCAGCUGACCUCGCUGAGGUGAAGCGUAUUCUGUUCGGGAAGGAAAUAAAGACACUGGCGCUCCCAGAAUGUGCUGUAGAAGCUGCCUCUCAACGUGACUUUGAGCUGAAGGGUUACAAGUUUGAAGCUGCACUGGAGCAGUUGAGGCCGCCCCGGAGGAUCAGGGUGGGACUCGUACAGCACCGCGUUGUUCUGCCGACUGACGCGCCCAUCCUGGACCAGAUCAAUGCCAUGCACAGCCGGGUUGGUGAAAUAGUGGAGGUCGCAGCCAAGUGUGGCGUGAACAUCGUCUGCUUCCAGGAGACCUGGACCAUGCCUUUUGCUUUCUGCACGCGUGAAAAAGAACCAUGGACGGAGUUUGCGGAGUCUGCUGAGGAGGGAAACACCACGCGCUUCUGCCAGGAGCUGGCCAAAAAAUACAACAUGGUGGUGGUUUCACCGAUUCUGGAGCGAGAAGAGCUGAACAACACUCUGUGGAACACAGCAGUGGUCGUCUCCAACUCUGGAAAUGUGCUGGGAAAGAGCAGGAAGAACCAUAUUCCCAGGAUUGGGGACUUUAAUGAAUCAACUUAUUACAUGGAGGGCGACACCGGCCACACCGUGUUCCAGACAGCGUUUGGCAAAAUCGCCGUGAAUAUCUGUUAUGGGCGUCAUCACCCUCUCAACUGGUUCAUGUACAGCAUGAACGGAGCGGAGAUCAUCUUUAACCCGUCAGCUACUGUUGGAGCACUCAGUGAGCCCAUGUGGCCGAUAGAGGCCAGGAACGCAGCCAUCGCUAACCACUGCUUCACGUGUGCCAUCAACCGCGUUGGGACGGAGCAUUUCAAAAAUGAAUUCACGUCAGGUGACGGAAAGAAAGCUCAUCAUGACUUUGGACACUUCUAUGGAUCCAGUUACGUGGCUGCUCCUGACGGCAGCCGCAGUCCGGGCCUCUCCAGGACCCGUGACGGGCUGCUGGUGGUGGAAAUGGAUCUCAACCUUAACCGUCAAAUCAGCGAUAAAUGGAGUUUUAAGAUGACGGGCAGGUUCGCUGAGUAUGCAGAGGAACUGACUCAAGCUGUCCGACCUGACUUUAAACCCAACAUAGUGAAGGAGUAGAAGACAAUGACCAUUUACUGUCGUCCAUUUCACAAUGUGUUCAUUACUCGAUCAGUGUUUCAGAUUGAGCCUUUGUGUCUUCAUCGUGAUUUAUUUGUUGGAUUAUAUUCAUUUACAUUGAAUAAAAGGAAACAUAGUGUUCCUACAACAACAUGAGAUUAACACGCA